AAACAAUUAAAAUAAAUUAAUACUCCGAAUCUCCGAAUUUUUUUUUCAUUUAAAUUUAAAAAUGGCUUCAAGUAAAGCUAAAAAAGAUGACACUAUUAUGAUGAAUGAUACAUUAUUAUUUUCGAAAAAUUUCCCUGGAAAAGAUAAGAUUGAGUUAGCCGCAAUAUCGCGUGAACUGAAAAUGAGAAUUUUAAUAGAAACCUCAAAGACCUUAUUGGAAGUUCUUGAUGAAUUUCAUAAAUUAGAUUUUGGAUACACAAUGAUUUCUAACGGGAUUAAAAGAGCGAAUCAAAGAGCUUUUAAAAUGGAAGCAUGUCAACUAAUUGAAAUUGACGUUAAAAAAGGAAAUUAA